UGUAUAUUUGCAGGGAAGGAGCUGUGGCGCUGUGGCCUACAGUGUGGUCAGAGCUAUGCACAAAUCAGUGGUCCUAUGCAGCAGUUAACGAGGAGAGUCAUCACCUACAGGACACUACGUGAUCGAAGGACUACCAGGGCAGAUGUGCGUGAUGUGUGACGUCCGGAAAGGAAGGAUCAAUGCGUCCGUUCUGUUACCCUUGCGCCGUAAAGCCAAGGGACUUCCUCUUUUACUCACUAUGUGACUGCCAGUCUACACUUUCACCUGUACCUGAAGUCUUGGUAAAAGCCGGUCAGGUAUGUCAAGAACAAGCCCACUAUUCGUUACUUGGUGACAACGCAGCCAUGACAAGACCGAACAGGUGUGUACGGCUGACAUUUUUGGUCUAAUGUCGGAACCGACGCGUAAGAACUAAGGGAUAAGCGACACUUGUAAUCGACCCGCGGACAUGAUGUAAUAUCAGAUGUAGAUUGCGUAAUCAGAAGAAAUAGACAUGCCACAAGCACAGACCAAGCUGUCGACAAUAGCAGACGAACUCCGUGAGUUAGACUUGAUCUUUAAGCGUGGUUCUGAUCUGGAUGCUGCAGAGAGGGGAUACGCAGGCAAGUUGAUUCACGCCAUCAGUUGCGAAAAUAAACUCUUGAAGUGCGAAGCGUUAAAGAGUCUUGGAGAUUUGUAUCUGCACAAAGCAAAGACGAACGACUGUAGGGUUGAAAACUUUAACAGGGCCUGUGCGCUGUACCAAGAACUAUUUCGACACUGCAGAUGCAAGGAGGAGAAACAGGUCAUACAACAUCGCCUCAGGUAUGCCGAGAAAUGCACAAACCUGACACACAGUCCGCGUCGUUCUAAAUUGGGGGAUAGUGAUUCUGAUAACAUUAUAUUAGCUGUGUCUAGGAUGCUUGGCGUAGUGAAAAAUGAAAAGACCAAGGUGAAAGGUCGGCGUCUGACGCCCGUAAUUGAAGCCUACACACAGUUAUAUGUUAGUGCAGUCGUCGACAGACAUGUGCGCCUCAAAAUGGAAAUUUUGAAGAGCCUCGGAGAUGUGUACCUAGAGAAAGGAAGGGUCGGAAAGGAAGAGGCAGCGUUCACCAAAGCAGUCGGCCUGUACCGAGCGGCGCUGGACCGCUGUGAAGAUGCAGAUGCAAGAGAAACACUGAAGCAUCGCAUCGAGUUCGCCAAGAAAGUCAGAGAGAAAAUUCUGAAGAAGCAGCCAAAAGAAACAAGACUAACCGAGUACCGAAAACCUGGUGACGAAAACCUGCAAAAGAGCGUUCCCACUUUCCGUCAAGUAGGCCAUGACGUCAUCAGUCAGGGAAACUACGGGGGCACCUAUCAAGACCGCCUACGAGAAGGCAGCAAGGCCCUACAGAUAGGAGACCUGGACAGGGCAGAACUUAACUUUGCAGCAGCGCUAAAGACCGUCCGUGUGAAAGCAUCAAGUGCAGAUGAGCACUGGAAAGAGGCAGAGCCUAUGAUAAAGUUGGGCGAUGUCUACCUGAAGAGAGGAAUGCAUUCAAAAGACGGAGGAGACUUCACCAAGGCUGCAGCGCUUUGUAAUGCAGCACUGGUCAGAGCGAAGGCAGAAGACAGAGAGGGCAUCAAACAAACAAUCUUGGAAAUAACCCGAUCAUUUAUCAGGCACGUGCUGAGUAUCGAGCAAACAGUGUGCAGUGGCAACACAAAGAAGCACAAGCUCAUCUUAAAGGAACAUCGAGACCAUGUUGAAAGAGAAAUCAAAAGAAUCGAGCACCAAGUAGAUCCUUACAGCCUUGAUGAUGCUGACCCAAAGAUAAGAGAAGUAGAGAAAAUGAGAGCAGAUGAAAUCAAAACAUUGUUCCAAACAAUUGUUGAACAGCGACGAACGUUCAUAGCUGGUCUUGUAGAUGAAUGUAUGGAGGUAAUGGGCCCCCCUCCCUGUAAGUACGCCAUGAUGGGCUUGGGUUCACAGGCCACAGGAUUGGCAACCCCGUACUCUGAUCUAGAGUUUGCCAUUUUGGUAGAGAGGGAAACACAGAUUGAUGUCAAAUACUUCCGCAACCUCACUCAUUAUCUGCAUAUCCAAGUAAUCAAUCUGGGAGAAACCAUUCUCCCAGCAAUGGCGAUUAAGUCUCUGAAUGAUUUCUCCUCAGGCGACCCACUUGCCAACUGGUUCUAUGACUCUGUAACGCCGCGCGGGUUGGCGUUCGACGGAGCCAUGCCGCAUGCGUGCAAGACUCCACUAGGUAGAGGGCAGACAUUCAGUCUGAUCCGUACUCCAGGUAGCAUGAUCAAAGUUCUGCUAGAUGAUGUUACAGUACAUCUGAAGAAAGGCUACCAUCUUGCGAGUAUCUUGGGAAAUGUUUCUUUAAUUUCUGGAGAGCAAGACUUGGUCGAUGAAUACUCGGCUCUAUGGGAACAACAGCUGAAGAAAGACGAGGGAAAGAUUCCUCUAUCAAUCGCAAAGACCACAUUGAGUGAAAAUAUGGAAUCCUUCAGAAGACAAGAUUUGACUUCCGCAAUCCCUGUUGUAAAGGCCGUCCGCUACUUCGAACAGUCAAUCAAGAUGAUACGGAGUAUCUACUGUGAUGGAGAAACACAUCCUCUUAUUGCUGAUUCGUUUCACGGCUUGGGAAUCGCCUGGAAAUACAUUGGUAAUUACAAAAAGGCCACCGGCUAUUACCAACAGUCGCUAGAGAUGGAGCGGAGCAUCUACGGUAAAGGUACCUCACAUCCCUGUAUUGCAUCGUCCCUCACCAGCGUGGGUGGAGCCUUAAGUGACCAAGGUGAUUACGAAACGGCAAAAGACUAUUACAUACAGUCACUCGAGAUGAACCAAAAUAUCUAUGGCGAGAACACUGCUCAUCCUUACAUUGCCAUGUCACUUAACAACUUGGGGAUCAUCUGGAGGAAGCUAGGUGACUACAAAAAAGCAAUCGGCUUUUACGAACAGGCACUACAGAUAAAUCGGAGCAUCAAUGGAGAGAACACUGCGCAUCCUCAUAUUGCAGCGUCCCUUUACAACUUGGGUAACGUUUGCUGUUGCCUUGGGGAUUACCGGAAGGCCAUCAGCUACUAUGAACAGACACUACAAAUGGACCGGGAAAUCUACGGAGAGAACACUACACAUUGCCAUAUCGCGGAUACACUUUACGCCUUGGGCAGCGCCUGGAGUGACCUUGGUGAAGACGGGAAGGCCAUCAGCUGUCAAGAACAAUCAUUACAGAUGCGCCGAACGAUUUUUGGUAACACUGAUACCCUUGACAUUGCCAAGUCACUUACCGCCUUGGGUCUACGACUCUUGGAUCUUGGUGACCACAGAACUGCUCUCUGCUACUUUGAACAGUCACUACAGAUAGAGCGUAGUAUCCAUGGUAAGACUACUGCACAUGCUGACAUUGCGAAGUCCCUUAACAACUUGGGUAUGGCCUGUAGCGACCUUGGUGAUUACAAAAAGGCCGUCAGCUACCACGACCAGUCGCUACAGAUGAAGCGGAGGAUCUAUGGCAAGAACGCUGCACACGCUGACAUUGCAAAGUCCUUCACAAACUUAGGUAUCGCCUGGAAAGGUCUUCGUGAUCAUAGAAAGGCCCUCACCUACUUUGAACAGUCACUUCACAUGGAGAGGGAUAUCUAUGGUAAGAUAACUCCACAUCCUGAUAUCGCCAGAUCACUUGGCAACUUGGGUUCCGUCUGGACGACCUUGGGUGAUCACAAAAAGGCCAUGGAGUACCACGAACAGUCUUUAAAGAUGCUACAGAGUAUCUUUGGUGAAAACACUCCACAUGCCGACAUUGCCAGGUCACUCGUCUGUUUGGGCACUGUAAUGCAAAACCUCGGUCAUCCCGUAAAGGCUAUACAGCAUUUUGAACAGUCACUGAAGAUGAUGAGAAGUCUCUAUGGCGAGGGUAGUACACAUCCCGGCAUUGCCGCGGUGCUCACGUUAUUGACUAAAGCCUGGUAUGAGCUUGGCGAUGUGAGAAACGCAGUUUCAUACUAUGAACAGCUAAAAAAAAUUGAAUAGGGUAGAGAAUCAUUAAUCAUGCCAGGCCGGUGGGCAGGAGACGGUCAAUAUCUUUUAUGUCUUUUAACGUGACAAAGGUACUUAGCUUAGGACGCCUUGCAUCUUCAUGAAAUCUUCUAAGAGGAAAUUAUUACUACCCAAAUUAUUUCUGUGGUAGAAGGCAGUGAAAUAUCAUGCUACAGAUAGCGAUGCUACAGAUAGCGAGGACUGGGCAAUCAGCAUCUCAUAAUUAAAUGAAAUGACAUUAUAAUGUCCCAAUAAGUGGCCUGGAUGCCAUCCUAUUUGUCUAUUUAUCUUACAGGGACUCCCAUAUUUGCUCCUUAAGAAAUUGGUACAUGUAGUAGUAUGGGCGCAACCAGUAAUCCCCAGUAUACAAAUAGGAUGCCACCCAAGCUAAGCAAUAAGAGGAGCAAAUCAGAACUAGAAUAGGAUGGACACAAGGCUUAUUGACACUAUCUCACAAUAUAAAACACCCACAAA